AUGGCUAAUGAAGACAUAACUACGUUGAACAGAAAAAGUGGCAGCAUUAAAUCACAAAUUAGGAAAUUAAAGUCGUCUGUCAGUGGAAAAAGUGAUGAUUUUGGUUUCGAACAAAUAGAAGUAUUGCAAGAAAAAGUGCACAAGUUAAAUAAACAAAUUGAUGAACUUCGCUUGGAUUAUUACAAAGUGUGCAAAGAUGAAGAAAUACCAGACAUCGAAGCUACUUUUGAAGAAAUCGAGAUGGCUAUUACCAAUGUUCAGUCAAAUCAUAAAGUAGCUUCCUGUCAGUCUAGACACUUUUGCUCGGUUUGCAAAUCAAAACAUAAUUCACUUCUUCAUCGGAAUGAAGCUUCCAUGUCGUCUGCAACAAGUGGGGGAAAGCAAAGUGAAACUACGCCCUCCCCAGAGAACUGCAAAAAUGAGGCUGUUUUGAAUAGCAAUGAAUCAACAGAAAAAGCCUUAUCGGCGUGUCUUUUUUCGAAAAAUAAAACUGUUCUCCUUUCAACUGCGAUUGUUUGGGUUAGAAAUAUUUAUGGCCAAUUCGUUAAAGCAAGAACAGUUCUUGAUUCAGGAUCAAUGUCAAAUUUUGCUACAAAUGAAUUCUAUAUUCCUAAUACAUCAAGUUUGGCUGAUCCAGAAUUUGCAACUCCAUCUAGUAUAGAUCUGCUUUUAGGAGCAGAAAUAUUUUAUGACAUUUUUAUUAAUGGCCAAUUUAAAUCUUCUACGAAAUCACUCGUUUUCAGAAAUUCUGUGUUUGGUUAUAUAGCUACUGGUUCUUUGAAAAACAUCCUUGAAAAUUGUCAGAAUUAUUGUGGACUUCUCGGUAAUGUUGAUAAUAUUGAUAGAUUGGUAGAAAAAUUUUGGUUAGUGGAAAAUAUUGGUGAAGAAAAGCCAAUUCUUAGCCAAGAAGAAGAAUUCUGUGAACAACAUUUCAAAGACACUUACAGACGAAAUGAAGAUGGCAGAUUUAUCGUAAAAAUGCCUAUGAAAGACGAACAAUUAGGAGAUUCAAAGCACUUAGCCAACAUUAGACUCAAUCAAUUAGUUAAACGUCUUAGCAAAAACGCUACAUUGCAACAUUUAUAUCAAGAUUUCAUAACAGAAUAUGAAAAUUUGGACCAUAUGGAAAGGGUCGAUGAUAAUUCAAAACCGGAACUUGAAUAUUACCUUCCCCAUCAUGGAGUAUAUAGACCAGAGAAGUCAAGUACAAAAUUAAGAGUUGUGUUUAAUGCUAGUGCCCCAAGCUCAAAUGGCUUAAGUUUGAAUGAUUUACUUUUAGCGGGAGCAGUCCAAGAAGAUACUUUUGAUAUUCUUGUGAGAUUUAGAAAACAUCAAGUUGCAGUUAUUGUGGAUAUACAAAAAAUGUACAGGCAAAUUUUAGUUGAUGAAUCCCAAAGAGACUUUCUUCGAAUCUUAUGGAAGAGAAACCUUAGCGAUUCGCCUGUGACAUAUAGAUUCAAAACGGUGACUUGUGGUACUAAAAGUGCUCCAUUUUUAGCCAUUAGAUGCAUAAAGCAAGUUGCAUAUGACGAAAGGCAUAAAUAUCCUGAAGCUGCCAAAGCUGUCUUGUCAGACUGCUAUGUUGAUGAUGUCAUCUCUGGUUCAUCAAACUUAGCAAGCUUAUACAGCUUUUUCAUAGUUGUGGAAUGA